CCCUCGACACGGUCGCCCUGCGGCCUGCAGGACCCCGCCAACCCCUCGCCCUCCUUCCGCCCCAGCCGAGGCUGCCGCCGGCUCCGCGCCCGAGGCGGAGGCCGCGGGGAAAGUCGGGGGGAGGGUGGUUUCCUCCCGCCCCACACCCAGCCUCCGAGCCGGAUAUAUAGUGUACCAUUCGGGAGCAGAAAGACAAGAGCAGUUUCCUAGCGGUUGGAGCAUUUCCCGUGGCCUCGGGGAAGGACCGGGAUUUGGAGGAGCGCGCGUUGACCACCACCCCGAGCCGGAGGCACAGGGACCUCUUUCUGGAGCCAUCAAAGACAAAGAGAAGAAUCAUGUCCACGAUUGCAGCUUUCUAUAGUGGCAAGUCCAUUCUCAUUACUGGGGCCACAGGCUUCCUGGGAAAAGUGUUGAUGGAGAAGCUAUUUCGCACCAGCCCCGACCUGAAAGUCAUUUACAUCCUUAUGAGGCCCAAAGCUGGCCAGACCCUGCAGCAGAGGGUUGUCCAGAUCUUAAAUAGUAAGCUGUUUGAAAAAGUCAAAGAAGUUUGUCCGAACGUGCAUGAGAAGAUCAGAGCUAUUUACGCAGACCUCAACCACAAUGACCUGGCCAUCAGCCAACAGGACCAGCAGGAGCUGCUCUCCUGCACGAACAUCGUCUUCCACUGCGCAGCCACCGUCCGCUUCAACGACAGCCUCCGACAUGCCGUGCAGCUUAAUGUUAUCGCCACCCAGAAGCUCUUGCUCAUGGCCAGUCAGAUGCCAAAGCUCGAGGCCUUUGUACAUAUCUCUACUGCCUUUUCAAAUUGUAACCUGAAGCACAUUGACGAAGUUAUCUAUCCAUGUCCCGUGGAGCCAAAAAAAAUCAUUGAUUCCAUGGAGUGGUUAGACGACUCCAUUAUUGAUGAGAUCACACCCAAGCUGAUCCAUGACUGGCCCAAUACUUACACGUACAGCAAGGCCUUGGGAGAGAUGGUGGUGCAGCAGGAGAGCGGGAACCUGAACAUCGCCAUCGUGAGGCCCUCCAUCGUGGGAGCAACCUGGCAGGAGCCCUUCCCAGGUUGGGUUGAUAACAUAAAUGGACCCAGUGGGCUCAUUAUUGCGACCGGGAAAGGCUUCCUCCGGGCCCUGAGAGCUGCUCCAAUGGCUGUGGCAGAUCUGAUUCCAGUCGAUACAGUCGUCAAUCUCACCUUGGCUGUAGGAUGGUACACAGCAGUUCACAGACCUAAAUCAAUAUUAAUCUACCACUGUACAUCUAGUAACGUUAAUCCCUGUCACUGGGGCAAAAUGGGAUGCCAAGUCUUGGCAAGCUGUGAAAAAAUCCCAUUUGAGAAAGCUUUUAGGAGGCCAUAUGCUGACUUCACAACCAACACCAUCACAACCCAGUACUGGAAUGCAGUGAGCCACCGGGCCCCUGCCCUCAUCUAUGACCUCUAUCUGCGGCUCACAGGCCGGAAGCCCAGGAUGACAAAGCUCAUGAAUCGGCUUUUAAGAACCACUUCCCUACUGGAGUACUUCAUCAACCGGAGCUGGGAGUGGAGCACAAACAACACAGAAAUGCUGAUGUCUGAGCUGAGUCCCGAAGACCAGAGGGUAUUCAACUUCGAUGUACGCCAGUUGAACUGGUUGGAAUACAUUGAAAAUUAUGUUUUAGGAAUUAAGAAGUACUUAUUGAAGGAGGAUAUGGCUGGGGUCCCAAAAGCAAAGCAACACUUAAGAAAGCUCCGAAACAUUCACUACCUCUUUAAUACUGCCCUCUUCCUCAUCGCCUGGCGCCUUCUCAUUGCAAGAUCACAGAUGGCUCGGAAUGUCUGGUUCUUCAUUGUGAGCUUCUGUUAUAAACUUAUCUCCUACUUUAGGGUAUCCAGCAUGCUCAAGGCCUAAGAACAUUUGUCAGUCUUCAUUUAUCUGGAACCUCUCAGAUACCUCUAAAACAGCAAACUGUGGUUCUCAAGAUUAGGAAUAACAAAGAAUAUGCCCAACCUCAUUACCUGUCAAAUGUGCUGUCCUGUAUUCAUCCCUGUUUCGUAAUUAUAUGUUCUUUUUAUUGCAGUAAGAGAAGUCAUAUCCUAGCCUAUAAUCAUAUACAUUUUAGGAAAAAAAUCAUUUCCAGACUGUUUCCUAACACUCUAUGUCCUUGACUAAAAAACACCAAAGUACAAUCCUAUUUCCACAUUUAGCUUUUUUCUCCUUGAAAGGUCUAGUUUCAACUCAAAAAACAUGGAUGAAAACAUGGCAGAAGCUGAAUUAUGCCAAAAAAAAA